GACAUUGACUAUCACAACUGUGUGUUUGCAUAGAGGUUUCGCUGUAAUUCCAAACUUUGGCGACACAGGAGCUCACAUCCGAGUCUUUUUAACACAGACGCUUCACCAAGUUCCGAGGAUAUUGUGUGGCGUGCGUGGUGUGAAAGCGUGUGCGGGGUGUGCGGCAGGCCCGCGGUAAUCCCUUUAAUCUUGAAAGGAAAUUAAUCGUCACCUGCAGGCAAUCGGUCGUUUAUGAUUUCAGAGGCCACCGCUUUCCCAGUCAUUAGCAACUGCAAUGAGUUCCUCCACCUGUCCCCUAGGGACUCUUAAAUGCGACCCCUGACCGUUGGCAUUGUCCUCCUGCCCUCACCCGAUUGGAGGCAGAGUGUGAGAACCUCGGCGGUGCAGCAGCCCCACGCCACUCCAAAGGAGCAGAUGGGUAUAAAUAGCGGAGAGCUUCGGAGAGAAAGUCAGUAUGCGCUCCUUGCACUUAGCAAGAAUGGCACCUGCAAUCACAUCGAUGAGGGCACCACUGGAAGAAAAAACUAUCUGUUCCAAAUUGAGAAAACCAUUGGUGGAGAAAAUGCGCAGAGAUCGCAUGAACAAAAGCAUCGAGCAGCUGGGCAGGCUCCUGACGAGUGAGGGUCAGAUACAGAAGUCCGACUCGAGGAUGGAGAAGGCUGACAUCCUAGAAUUGGCCGUGAGCUACCUAAACGAAUCUCGCACCAUCCUUGCUUCCCGGCGAAGAAUGGAGGAAGAUGGCUACGUACAGUGUGCCCGAGAGAUCGUGCGAUUCCUUUGUAGAGACGGAUUGACUACCGGAUCGCACAAAAAACUGCUGGAUCAUUUUGAAAAUGCCCGGCGGUACCCCGAGACUUCGCAGGAAGACCUGCCGGUAGAGGAGACCCCGGAGAAAGAGAGAGUGGCGCAAAGUAACGUACACCUCUGGAGACCCUGGUAGAGAUGGAAAUGAGCAGAAAGACUGUUCCACACUAGAGGACAUUUCUCUUAAGUUCCGUGGACUUUGCUUUGCCAUCAGAGCAUUUCUGUCACUUCAAUGAAAGUAUGCUUUUUUUAGUACACACGUAGGUGUGUUAGUCAUAUGUCUAUAUGUUGAAUCUUCUGUGAAGAAAGAGUGUAACUGCAAGAGGUGGACGCUAUUGCAAAUAUUGAUUAUUUUUUUCCUAAAGAAAAGCUGUGAAUGUAAUACAACUGCAACAAGCUGUUAGUAGAAGAUUGCAGUUCCAAAUAUGUAUUAUUUUAUUUUAAGAAAUGUUAAUUAACCUCUAUAGGUGAAUAUGUGCCUCUUAGAAUAGAGGCGCUUCCCAGUAGCUCAUUACGAGCAAAUUUUGCGAAUUUAUUAUUAAAUUCUUGUUUUAAGAAAGGUUUUUAAUUUGGAGUUAUUGAUACUCCUUUAUAACACUGUUAAUUGUAGUGUGUAUCACACUGUACGGCUGAUUUAAGAAUGUAUCAUUCAGUAUGUUUUCUGAAGUUAUGCCAGAAAAGUAAU